AUGGCUGCGGCCCGGCCUGGCUGGGGGCAGCGGCGAGGAGGGCUCCGCGGAGCUCCUGCGCCCCCGCGGGGGGCCCGGCGGCUGCUGGCCGCCGUCCUCAUGGCGCUGCUCCCCGCUCGGCCCCUCGGAGCGGCCGCCUGGCGCCCCCCAGCCGGCCCGCCCCGGGAGCCCUGCGGGAGAACGGCGGCUGGGGUUAUUAUAGAUGAUCUGUGGCUACAAAAUGGGACUGAAUGCCUGGGAAUGGCAGCACUGCAGUUGCCUCUGGUAAUUCAAGCAAGUGAAGUCCAUGACCUGCUCUUGACUUCUGCAGCCUCGGAUGAUCAGUGGAGCCAUUCGGUUUUUGCUUUGAUACCUUCAUGGACAAAGAAGAUUUUGUUUAAACGAGAGUCUUCCGUUAACCAUGAGCUGCCUGAAGAUGUGUCCUCUGGAUUUGGAAUAACCCUUCAGAAAUGUGCUGUGGUGGAUGUUGAACAUGAUCCUCAAACUGCCUAUGUUAGACUUCUGAUUAAUAACACCAACACACUGCUCUCAAGGAACAUUACUGAUCUUAUCCUCCUGGACAAUAUCACCGGUCUACAUGUUCAAAAAAACAGUGGUAAUAAGACAACAGAUGGUGUACAGAUUUACAGGAAAAGAUUCUUGCAAGUUGGAGAAUACUUUGCAAUCAACUACACUGCACUUCUUGAUGCAAAGGAAACAUGGAAUGGCAGGGUCUUGACAUUGCCUGCAAAGUUAACUUUCAGGAGUUCAUCACAGAAUAAAACACAUCUUGUAUCAUUGAUGGCAUCGUUCACCAUAACUGAAGAAGAAAAGACCAAGAUUUCAUACAGCCAUGCCAUCCAUGCUUCAGGGUUCUUCAUUGCUUUUUUCGUUUCCUUUGUAUUGACAUGUGCUGUUUUUUUCAUUCUUUAUCAAACCAAAAUAUUAAAAUGGAAUUUCCAUAGUAAAAACCAGGAGAUACAACAUGAACUCAGUCAAAAUCACAAACUGGAACAUUCUCAGUUCAGUUCAGGUGAUCUCUUUAGUGAAGAUGUAAUUAUGAAUGACCAAAUCAUUGAUAUACUGACCUUUGAAGAAUCGGGGAAUAUGCUUCAGGCUUUAGAAGACCUGGAGGUUGCCAGCCUGACUCGGGCAGAUGCUGAUUUGGAGGCAUAUCGAAUGCAGAUAUGUAAAGAAGUGAUUGCUAUGAUGAUGAAGAACAUGGUUUUAAGUCACAGCCUCUUUCCUCAUGUGGAGAAGAGGAUGAGUUCAAUUUUUAAAAAACAGUUUCUUGCAAUGGAGAAGGAGAUUCAGGAAGAGUAUGAAAGAAAGGUUGUGGCUUUCACAGCUGAAUGUAAUCUGGAAACUAGGAAGAAAAUGGAGGCUCAACGCCAAAAAGAGAGAGCUGCGAAUGAAGAAGCUGAAGAAUUAAUGAAGAAAGUGAAUGAAAAGCCUGCUGUUGAAUACAGAACUCUUCUGGAUAGACUUCACAGGCUGGAGCAGGACCACCUGAAGAGGUUCCUUCUGGUGAAGCAGGAGGAAUAUUUUGCAAAAGCUUAUAGACAACUGGCUAUUUCCCAGAGAAAGGAGCUCCAUAACAUCUUUUUUACACAGAUAACAAAUGCUACCUUAAAGGGAGAACUGAAAUUGGAAGCAGCUAAAGCAUUAGUGCAAGAUUACUCUAUAAUACAGGGAGACAUUGAAGAGUUAAUGGAUUUUUUGCAAGCUAGCAAGAAAUACCAUCUGAAUAGAAGAUUUGCUUACAGAGAGUAUCUUAUAAGUAAGGUACAGUUAAUGGAUUCUCAAGCUUCUACUCUUAUAAAUGCAGCAGCAACCCAGAUAUCAGCUCUCAUUAAUAAGAUGGAAAGAGCGGGUCAUCUACCUGAAAGUCAUUUGGGACUUCUGCUGGAUCGAGCUGAGACUGAAAUUAAUUCUGUUAAACAGAAAUUUGAUCAUGAUUUGAAACAAGAAAAGCAAAAGCUUCAUCAGAAACUCAUUAUCAAGCGAAGGCGGGAAAUGUUGCAAAAGCAGAAAGAGCAUCGAAAGGAGCAGCUGUCACUAGGGGACCCCUUCAAAACCACUAAGGAGGUCACUCACUACCUGAGCCACUGGAAAAAUCUUCUGAAUGAUCACGCCAUUGAAUUUGAAGAACUUACUGAAAAGCUUGAUAAUGAGGCCAGUGAAGACCUGAAAGACCUUAUAUUUAGUCUAACAGAGAAAGCUGUUGAGGAGCUUAAGCGUGUUCAGUAUGGAAUAUUUGUGCAAGAGCUGGUAAAGCUCAACGUGCCAAAGAUGUUCCUGCUGGAAGCUGUGGAAGAGCAUAAAAAGGAGAUCAUUGUUAAACGUGAACAGCUUGAAAGGGAAGAACAUGAAAAGAGCAUGGUUGUUGAAGAAUUGCUGCAGCUCACGAGACAAAAACUAAGCCAAGAACUGGAAGCUAGGUUUUCGGAACAAAAAAAACUAAGGAGCUGGGAACAGUCGGUAUUCAUGCAUCUUCUAAGUUUGCCCCUUUCACUAUCCGAAGAGGAAUUGGUUAAAAUGAGACAAGAGUUCCACUGCUGCUUUUCUCAGGUGGAUAGCAGCUUGGCUCUGCCCAAGAUAAGAGCUAGAACUUUGCUUCAGGCUUUUGAGCUGGAGCAAAGGGAUGCGGAGCUGCUGAAAGUUGAUCAGAAUUUAGCAAUGACCAAUAAACAGCAGCAUUCUAAAAUGAAAAAAUCAGGAUCCAGGAGUAGAAAUAAAAUAGAUAUUCUGAAGAAAUCUUUACAGGACAAAAUUUUCAUUUAUGAAGACUCAGUGAAAGAUGCAAAUGUGAAUAAGGUUAAUUACGAGUUGCUGCUUGAGAAAGACUGUCAGCUGCGUGAUCUGGAAAAUAAACUUGGAGAGUAUAUUGCUUCUUUACAGUUUCAAAAGACUGUUAAAAAAAUCAAAAUGUUGGAGCUAUAUACUGCUAUCAUAAGUGUACAAGCUUUGCUCUUUGAGCAACUGAGCAUGUCAAAAACCAUGUCAAAAUUGGAAUGUAUUCAGAUUUUGGAAGCCCAUAAUCCAGAGAUUGAAGAACUUGACAGGAAGCUGGAGUAUGAAAUGUUGCAUAAGGAGUCAGCUCAGCAGCAACAACAUCUAAUGAAUAAGCAGAGGUGGACACCGGAUGGAUUGGGGCUUUCAAGUGAACCUGUAGAAAUGAAUGCAGACAGACAGGUGACAGUUCUGCUAAGACAGGCCAUGAAUAAAUGUAACCAAUUUAUAAAUCUGCACCAGCAAAGCUUGAGAGAUGAGCAGUGGAAUUGCAUGGUGCUUGAAGAUCUUCUGGAAAAUAUAGAAAUGGAUGCAUUUUUGGCACUUUAUAGUCAGGAGCUCCGACUGGCAGGUUAUUUAUCCAAACUGACAAGGGUGCCAAUGGGAACGUUGCACGGGAUUCUGAACUUGUUGCUGCCCUCCAGUUCACAAAGUGAGGUUCUUUCUGUCCUUGAUUCCAUCAAUAAAUAUACAGAUGCUGUUGCUGAAGGUGAUAGUGCUGCAGAUGAGUCUGGCAGCUGUAAAAAAAGGAAGAACCAAGAGAGGUGGCAAGCACUGGAGAACAAAGUAAGGGAAGAUCUGAUAAACAGAAGUUUGGAAAGAAUUCCUUCUCUAAACAGGAGAGAAGACAGCUUGAUAAAGAAGAAGCAACUUGUCCUCCUGGAAGAAGAAGCAUUCAUUCAUCGUGGAUGUUUGUCUACGCAUCCUCCUAUGGAACAGUCUGGUCAAUAUGUUUCCUUGAACACUGCAACCGUUGAAUCCAUAGAAGUAUUAGACACAGGGGAGAAGGUAUUUUUGUUCCGUGAGCAGAGUGAUCCAGUACUUUCUUUUCAUAAUUCUCCAAGGAAAAAGAAAAAGAACUUUCUUAAUUCCAAAAAAGCUGCACAUGCAAGUAUGGAUUAAUGAGGGAGACUUCCAUUUGAAGAAUCAAUUAGGGAAGAGGAAGUUAUUUAAAAAUUAGAAAGAAUGAAGUAUGCAGCUUAGAUAACACUUGUAUUGUUUUAAUAUCAAUUUUCUGACAUUGUAAAUAGUUGUAGUUUUACGUUGUCGAACUUCACAAUGAGCGUUGUGCAUCUUUCAGUUCUCAUCAGUGCAUCUUCUGAUGGAUGGACCACUCAGUGUGUAAGGAAUUGGUUGAAUGGUCACACUCAAAGAGUUGCGGUCAAUGGCUCAAUGUCCAGUUGAAGAUCAGUAAUGAACAGUGUUCCUCACAAGUCAGUGCUGGGAUAGGCACUGUUUAACAUCUUUGUUGGUGAUGUGGACAGUGGGAUUGAGUGCACUCUCAGCAUGUUUGCCCAUGACACCACGCUGUGUUGUGCGGUCAUAAUGCUGGAGGAAAGGAUACCAUCCAGAGGGACCUGGACAGGUUUGAAAGGUGGGCCUAUACAAACCUCAAGAAGUUCAAGGCCAGGUGCAAGGUCCUGCAUCUGGGCUGGGGCAACCCUAAGCAUAAACACAGGCUGGGUGGAGAAUGGAUUGAGAGCAGCCCUGAUGAGAUGAAUCUGGAGGUGUUGGUUGAUGAGAAGCUCAACAUGAGCUGGCAAUGUGCGCUUGCAGACCAAAAAGCCAACCGUAUCCUGGGCUGCAUCAAAAGAAGCAUGGCCAGUACAUUGAGCAAGGUGAUUCUCCCCCUCUGCUCUUGUGAGACCCCACCUAGAGUACUGUGUUCAGCUCUGGGGCCCCCAGAACAAAAAAGACAUGGAUGUAUUAAAACAAGUCCAGAGGAGGGCCAUGAAGAUGAUCAAAGGACUGAAGCACCUCUCCUGUGAAGAAAGGCUGAGAGAGUUGGGGUUCUUCAGCCUGGAGAAGGCUCCAGGGAGACCUUAUAGUGGCCUUCCAGUACUUAAAGGGGGCCUACAGAAAAGCUGGGGAAGGACUCUUAUGGGGGUGUAGUGAUACCACAACAGUAAUGGUUUUAAACUGAAAAAAGGGGGAUUUAGAUUAGAUAUUUGGAAGAAAUUCUUUACUCUGAGGGCAGUGAGGCACUGGAUUGGGUUGCCCAGAGAAGCUGUGGAUGCCCUAUCCCUGGAAGUGUUCAGGGCCAGGUUGGAUGGGGCUUUGAGCAACCUGGUCUGGUGGGAGGUGUCCCUGCCCAUGGCAGGAGGUUGGAACUGAGUGAUCUUUAAGGUCCCUUCCAACCCAAACCAUUCGAUGAUUCGUUUAAUGAUGCAACAGAUGAAAUAUGGGUGUUUUGUGAUGCACGUUCUGGCAGACAGGACUCAGUGUUCCUUCAGUGCUUUGCACUGAUUUUACUGUAGCUGUUCAUAAUUUAUAUAGAAAGGUUAUUUAUUAUAUAAAGCAGGUACUGAUUUACUGUUCUUGUAUUUAUGUAUUCUUGUAAUAAGCUGUGGUAUAGCAGAUGACAUGAAGAGAUGAAGUAGAUGACCCACAAGUCCUCUGUUGUCUGAUUUUCUCUUAGUCUAGCUAAUUUAGUUUAAUCUUGUGCUGUUAAUAAGCUUUGAAUGUUACUUCUGCAGUCUGUGUUCUCCAGUGGUAGCUGAUAGUCCAGAUCUUCAGUGUAUGCAUAUGCACUAAGCCUUUCAACCCAGAGUAGUUUCAUCUUUUCACUUUUGUUUAUAAAUUUACUUCAGUAGAACUAGGAAUGUGGCUUCAGUUCAGAAUUUAAGUUUUAAGUCUUAAAUAUUUGCAACCCGUAGCAGUGUUUUUCUUCUUGAAGCAAUGUCAUCAUAUAUGUUAGUAGAAAAGGGAAACUUGUAAAUGGACAUGUAAUACCUUCAAAAGUUUUCUUUUUUUUUUUUUUUUUAUUACAGUGCUGCCAACUGUUGUAAUUUUAUGUGGGUAUUUUUGAAGUUCUUAUUCCCAAAUUUCUCUAAAUUACGAGGAUAUCGUUUUACAUUUCAAAAAAGAGUUAAUUUUCAAACCCUUCUAGUUGAUGGAAAGAAGUCCGUAAAUAUGAACCCUAAAAACUGUAGUAGGAAAAUAUAAAUUAAAAGGAAUGCAUGUAUUUGAUAAUUCACGAUAUUCAAGCUGGUUUCAAAGGAUUUUUUGAACUGUGUUCAAAUGCUGUGCUGUGAGGGUACUGUGAUUGUGUAUUUUGCUGUUUUUGAGGUAUGAAGUUUCUAUGCCUUUGUAUUAAUAGGACACCAAUUUCAUUUUAAAAAUUAAAAUGUUACUUUGUA